AUGGAGCGUUGCGAAGAUGUACGACGCGAGGUCGUGACCCUUAACGGCAAGGCCAAUUACUGGGGAGAUCGAGCCGCCUACCUCCAGACAGGGGGACUUUUGCCGGGAGACGAGGUCCUUGCUCCGGCUGCCUUGGAACUUCACACCAUGUUCACCCUGAAGGCCGAAGACCGCGACUGGGAUCUUGAAGACGAGAUCAAGUUGCUCAAAAGGCUGACUUCCCUCCGCAAAGGGCUUCAGCGGACACUCCACAUGGCUCCGACCCGAUCCGAGUACGUCGACUACGGUGACAACUCAAACCUGGGCGAGCGCUUCAGACUCCGCAACCGAGCAAGAGCCGUGAUGCGCUUUGCCUAG